AUGUUUUUGGCAAUUAUUUUUCUCCAGUCGAUGCUGAGAAGAGAAUUGCCGAGACGAACAGAUAUUUCGGUGGUAAUGGCCGCCGAUUUCAGGCAACCGACAUUAUCUUGCCUAAUGGAUCCGACGAUCCAUGGACACUACUUGGCGUUCACAAUGUCACCAAUCCAAAUGGCAAUGAUGUUAUUCUCAUUGAAGGUAUGCAGAGUUUAG